UAAUACUUGUAGUUCGUUACCAUCGAAUCCCAACCAUUACACCACUCUCCACAAACUUGUGACUUCUUUUCCUCCAUGGGGUCCAAACUUCGCGCACAACCUUCUUAUCAUCCAGGUCUCUCUGCUCACAUAGUGGGUUGGUACUCUUUCCUCGCAUCUGCUAUCAUCACGGGAAUAUUAAGUUUCUUCGUCGAUGCACUCCGACGUGAAGCAAUGUCAGUUCCAUGGCCAAUCUUGCUGGUAAUGUCAGCAUCUUGCUUGAACAUCAUCAGUGUCUUCGUAUCCUCCGUUAUCCGAGUGUGUCUUCCCAGAUCACCAAUUUUGGCGCUCACAUUCCAUAUACCCGUCGCCAUCCUUUGGGUUGUUACAGUUGCGCUACUUGGGGAAGAGCUCGGGGAUCAUCUAUCCAAUAGCUGUCCAUCGCAAGAUACGUUUGGGCACGACCUGGCUUUAGUUUGCAAUCUCUUCAAAGCCUUAUUCGGUUUCUCCGUUACUUGCGCUGCCAGCUCAGUCCUAGUUGUCGUACUUGACAUUGUUGCUUGGAAACGUAUAAAGAAUAUGGGGAAGUACACCACUGUUGGCGCUCACACUAUUGGAAUGUAUCCACCCACGAAAAGCAGUCGGAAGAAGAAGUUGGGGAUGCUUGCAGGCAUGUUGAGAUCAAGGAAAGGGAACAUGCAAGAAGAUGAGAGGAGCGUCAUGAUGACAUCGAUGGAGGCGUUGGACAAAGAUGACACGCUGAAGCCACAGCAGGAGCUUCACAUGACUGCUGGAGAGCCAAUGCGAUCCCCUGCUCAGUCACCGGAUUUCGGUCCAAGAGAACGAUUUCGAGUUGAGGGGGUUGGACACCAGUUCAGCGGGCAGGACACAAGGUAUGAUCCGGGAAAGCCAAUGUAAGUAGGGCCAGUCAUAAAGUAGAGACUUCUGUUCUGGAGGUUGUGUUGUAGGGUGGGGUCGUGGAUGGUGCCAGAUGCUCAUAUAAAGCGGGGGGGAGGGCAUUACGGAG